AUGAUGAACAGGAGAAAUAAUAUUAUCUCAAACAUCAAAAAAUAUCCUAGAUACAAUAAUCAUGUAAUUAAAAGCUUUAUCACUGAAGAUAUUUCCACUUUAAAAAUGUACAAUAAAGGAAAGAAAGAGAUUUCAUUAAAUCCUUUUAUAAAAUUAAUCAUAUUUGUUCUUUUCAUUGUGAUGUUACAAUACUCUUGUAAUUUGGACUCUUGCAAAUUUUUGAGAAAAAGUAACUUAGAAAGCAUAUCACAUUUAGAAACUGAAAGAUCUCUAGCAGAAGGUGAAGAUACAGUAAAAGUAAAUGAACAAUCAGGAGUGAGACAAAGAAAUAGUGAAGAGCAGCAAGAUGAUAGUGUGAUAGAGAAUUUAGGAAAGGGCGAUAAUGUAGAACAAGGAAUCAGAAGAGAAAAAAUAGAUAAAAAUGAAGGAAGAAAUAUUAAGGGGAGAGCUUUAAAUAUUGUUAAAAGUAAUUUAGAUUUAUUAUUCUUAAUUAUUAUUUUUAUAAUAUUAUGUGUUUCAAUAGGUAUAUGUAUCAAGCAAUACUUGGGGGAAUGGGACAUGAACUUAUAUACGAAAUCUGCUUUAUUGAGUGUUAUACCUUUUAUGCUUAUCUUAAUUUUUUUAACAUAUAAAAAAGUCAAAAAAAAACAUAAAGGUCGUUUAUAA